UCAAAACACUGUUCUCUGCCAGCGACUGGACCAACAAGUUUAUAUUAAAAAAAUGCAAUAUUUAUAAAUGCAAUAUGCAAUCCUAUGGGACAUCUAGGUGGAGGUAAUUCAAUUACAAGGGUGUGUACCGGCUGAUGAGGCAAAAAGGACAACUGAAGAUUAAUUUGCACAGAACUAUCGGGAUGUCAUUUGUGUUACCUGCUACUUCUAUUGAACUUACCACUGAGAAGAAAACAAAAAAUGGAUUGCAACAAAAAGAAGACAGAAAGCUGUGCUUUGAUCAAUCCUGGGGAGGAGAAUGAGAUGGAGCUCGUUGGAUUCAGACCAGUGACAUGGAGACAAGUCUUCUGCAUUUUUGCGUACAUUUUCUCUCUUGGCUUGCUUCUACUAAUAUUUUAUUGGAAACCAGAAUGGGAUGUCUUUUGUAAUUGUGUCUCAUGUGACCUGGAACAAGCAGAUGUUAUAUUACUUAGAACUACGGAUAGUUUUAAAAAAUUCUCAAAGAAAAGGAUAUUUUGGGUCCACCCUAUUACAACAGGAGACCAAAAUACAUUUAAGACAUUUAAAGAUAGAAGAUCUGUUAUCGGUAAAGCUCUUAUAGAGCCGGAGAAUAAGGUGCGUUGCAUAACAGUGCAGAAAAUCAGAUACGUGUGGAACACUUUGGAGAGAAAUUUUCAGAAAAUUGGCAUUUUAGAAGAUGAGUAUUCUUGCUCAGAUAUACACACAACCUUUGGCUCUGGUUUAACUCAAGAGGAGCAAGAGAUCCGAAUGCAAGUAUGUGGCUUAAAUGCAAUUGAUGUAGAGGUUGCCCCAAUCUGGAAGCUGCUUUUCAAAGAGGUUUUAAAUCCUUUCUACGUUUUUCAAGCCUUCUCACUAAGCCUUUGGUUUGCUACUGGAUAUACUGAAUAUGCUGCAAUACUUGUUGUUAUUACACUCCUGUCUAUUAUGGCCACAGUCUACACUCUCAGGAAGCAAUCUGUGAAACUACACAAGAUGGUUGCAUCUCAUAACAAUACAAUGGUUACUGUUCUCAGGAAAAAUGCUGUUGAGGAAAUUGAAUCGCAGUAUUUAGUUCCUGGAGAUGUAAUGAUUUUAACAAGAAAAAAGUUUAUUUUGCCCUGUGAUUCUGUGCUGCUAACAGGAAGUUGUGUUGUAAAUGAAGGAAUGUUAACAGGGGAAAGUGUUCCAGUGAUGAAGACACCAUUGCCAAAUGUUGAUAAUUCACUUGCUUGGAAGGAGUACAGUGGUGAGGAUUACAAGAGGCAUGUUUUGUUUUGUGGCACGGAGGUCAUUCAAGCACAGAGCAGUCAUAAAGACUUUGUGAAAGCUGUUGUGUUAAGAACUGGAUUCAACACAGCAAAAGGGGACCUUGUUCGAUCCAUCCUCUACCCUAAACCUGUCAACUUUAAACUUCACAGAGAUGCCAUCAGGUUCCUAAUUGGACUUGUAAUCAUUUCAGUGGUUGGAGUAAUUUAUAUUGCUAUUGUGAAUACAAAGAAUAAUGGCGCAACCAGCUUGACUGUCCUAUGGUGUUUACUUCUUGUAACCGUCAGCAUUCCGGCCGCUCUACCAGCCUCUCUCACAAUUUGCACAUUGUACUCACAAACAAGACUUAAGAAAAACAACAUAUUCUGUUUAAGUGCACAGAGGAUUAAUAUGUGUGGACAGCUUAACAUCAUCUGCUUUGAUAAAACAGGUACCCUGACAGAGGAUGGCAUGGAACUAUGGGGCAUCCUUCCCUCAGGAGGAACAUUUUUUCAGGAUGUACAUUGCUUUACACCUGGGAACAACUUGCCUUGGAGUCCACUGUUGGGAGCAAUGGUUAGCUGUCACUCUCUCAUUGUCCUGGAUGGCAAACUGCAUGGAGACCCACUUGACCUGAAAAUGUUUGAAGAAACAGGCUGGUAUUUACAGGACAGUAAUGCAGAGACAAAAGAGGGGGAGGAAUCAACCGAAAAUAUCAUUAUUAAACCAGGACCAGAAGCUAAAGAGGUGCCAGUGGAAGGCAUGGUCAUUCUACACCAAUUUCCUUUCUCAUCUAGUCUACAGCGCAUGUCUGUCAUUGCUCGGGUCAUGGGAAAUGAUGAACACUUAGUAUUUAUGAAGGGAGCUCCAGAAAUGGUAGUUCAGUUCUGCAAAUCUGAAACAGUUCCUCUUUGUUUUCUAAAUGAACUUGAACAUUAUACUUUGCAAGGAUUUCGAGUAAUUGCAUUGGCGUCUAAAAUUUUAGAGGUAAAUGGCGAAGAUAUUCUUCAGACCUUUGACAGUAGGGAGGAUGUUGAAUCAAAUCUUAUAUUUCUUGGAUUACUAAUAAUGGAAAAUAAACUUAAACCUGAAACAAAACCUGUUUUGCAAGAGCUUAAUACUGCCAGAAUAAGGAUCGUUAUGAUAACAGGAGAUAACCUUCAGACUGCCUGCACUGUUGGCAAAUCUUCAGGGAUGAUUCCCUGUGGCAGCAGCUUAAUUGUAAUAGAAGCCAAAGCUCCCGAAGGAUGUUGUCCUGCAUCAGUCACCUGGCAAACAAUGAAAGAUAAUAAAGAAGAUGAACUUGGAUCACAAGAGUUAUACAUUGACUUGAGUGAAACAGAUGAUACCAAAACCAAAUCUUUUCAUUUUGCUAUGACUGGAAAAUCCUAUCAAAUAAUUGUGAACCAUUUCUACUCAUUGCUGCCAAAAAUUCUUCUUAAUGGAACCAUAUUUGCAAGAAUGAGUCCAGGACAAAAGUCCAACCUUAUUGAGGAAUUUCAGAAGAUAGACUAUUAUGCUGGCAUGUGUGGAGAUGGAGCAAAUGACUGUGGGGCUUUGAAAAUGGCUCAUGCUGGUAUUUCACUGUCAGAACUAGAGGCUUCUGUGGCUUCACCUUUUACAUCAAAAACUCCCAAUAUUGAAUGUGUUCCAAAGCUUAUCAAAGAGGGACGAAACUCACUUGUCACUUCAUUCUGUAUGUUCAAGUAUAUAGCAAUGUAUGCCAUGAUUGAACUCAUUUGUGUGAUGCUCCUGUUUUGGAAAAAGGAGCUUCUUGGAACUCGGCAUUAUCUAAUGCAGGAUGUGGCCAUAACCAUCACAGUCGUAUUAACAUUGAGUUUAACAGGUGCAGCACCCAAACUGGCUCCAUACAGACCAUCUGGACAGCUAAUGUCACCACCUCUCUUACUGUCAAUGAUUCUUCAUUUCAUAUUCACCUUGGUUGUGCAGACAGUUGCUUACACAGUGGUUCAACAUCAGCCUUGGUACAAUGAACUUGAUGUCUUCAGUGGAUGUCUUCCCUUAAAUCACAGUGCUCAAAAUAUCACAAUAAGUAAAGACCUUUUGGUUAAUCGAAAUUAUAAUACAACUACAUUGUGGUUUGUAAGUGGAAUCAAUCUUAUUAUUGUGGAAUUUGUGUUCUGUAAAGGAAUGCCUUUCAGAAAGCCAAUAUAUACAAACUAUAUCUUUACUAUUUUACUUACUGCACAACUGGCAGCAUAUUUCUUUGUCUACUUUGCUGAUAUUGAAUCAGUGUACCGUAAUAUGGAGCUUGUCUGUACACCAUAUUACUGGAGGUGGAACACUGUUAUUAUGGUGGCCGUGCUUUUUGUCAUUUCAUAUCUAGCUGAGAUCAAUCAGUGUAAAAAAAUAUGGAAUCACUAAAUUCUGAAGAAAAUGUUAUGGAAUCACCACGUACUUUGCACUUCUAAAACAAACAUCUGCAUCAGAUUACAUCUGUUAAUUAGUCUGCAGUUAAAAAAGAGUGCUUGCACACCUUGGCAUGAAUUAUUGCUCCAACACGAGAGAUGCCAGUUAACACAAAGAAGGAUUAUAAAACUUCUUCAGGAAGGUAAAUUAUCACAGAAUAUUGCAAAAGAUGUUGGUUGUUCCCAGUCAGCUGUGUCUAAAAUCUGGACCAAGUACAAAUCAAAUGGGAAGGUUGUUAAAGGGAAGCGUACUGGUCGACCAAGGAAGAUAUCAAAGCGACCAGAUAUAAAACUUAAAGUAAUAUGCCUUAAAAACAGAAAAUGCACAACAAAACAAAUGAGGAACAAAUGGUCAAAAACUGGAGUCAAUAUCUGUGACUGAACUGUAGGAGAUUGACUAAAGGAAAUGGGUUUUACAUACAGAAAAGCCAAAGGAAACCACUGUUAAAACCUAAACAUAGAAAACAAGGUUACAGUGGGCUAAAGAAAAGCAACCAUAGACUGUGGAUGACGGAAUGAAAGUGAUAUUCGGUGAUGAAUCACCAAUCUGCAUUGGGUAGGGUGAUGAUGCUGGAACUUUUGUUUGGUGCCGUUCCAAUGAAACGUAUGAAGACGACUGCCUGAAGAAAACAUGCAAAUUUCCACAAUCAUUGAAAAUAUAGGGUUGCAUGUCAGGUAAAGGUAUAGGGGAGAUGAGUCAAUAAAUCUUCAAUAAAUGCACAAGUUUAUAUUGACAUUUUGGACAAUUUACUUAUUCCAUCAAUUGAAAAGAUGUUUGGUGAUGAUGACAUCAUUUUUCAGGAUGAUAAUGCAUCGUGCCAUAAGGCCAAAGCUGUGAAAACUUUCCUUCAAGAAAGACAUAUGGCUGAUUUACUA